UGUUGCCAUGGUUUUGUACACAUCUGCUUUUCCCAACUCCUUCUUACAAACUCUUCACUCGCUGGCCUGGGCGCUGGUGUUUCCCUGUUAUUGGUUCACCGACCGAUUACUAGUAUCCUUUCUGCCCACGACCUAUGAAAAAGGUCAAAGAUCAGACGAUUCAUGUUACCUACGGGCACUUUGCCUUAUUAUUGCCACGCCCAUCUACCUGGCACUGCUGGUUGCUUCUCUACCAUUUGCCCUCGUAGGCUUCCUCCUCUGGGCUCCUCUUCAGUCUACUCGACGACCCUACAUUUAUUCCAAGUUUGAGGACAAAUCUCGUAGCUACGGAUCACCGGGAGUCAGUGAUUGGAAGGCAGUGGGUAGUGGGAAAAGUUUCUGCUUCGCCACAGCCAACGUGUGUUUGCUUCCUGACUCCCUGGCCCGGUUUAACAACCUUUCCAAUACUCAGAUUCGAUCCAGCGAGAUUGGUAAGAGGAUCCGAAAUGGAGCAAGCAGACCUCAGAUUAAGAUCUACAUCGACUCUCCCACCAACACGUCCAUAAGCGCGGCAAGUUGGAGCAGCCUGGGUUUCUCCAACAGUGCUGAGAACGCCAACCGCGCCAAUCACUCGGGCAUCAAACGCACUUCUUCCAUGGAAUAUAAAGGAGACAAUUUCACCACUAACAGCAUCGAGGAGAAUAAAGACCCCAAGCCAAGAGGGGAGCAGAACGAUGGGGAGACCAGUUCCUUUAUUGUCCGUGUCAGUGGUGAUGAUGGAAGCCAACUAUCUGACAUUGAUAUAGAUGCCUCCAUCAUACAGAUUAACAUGUCGAGUUCUGCAGACCAGUCGGUCGAUGUGCAGUCCCAGACAGGGAACCACCACCAACAGAAAGAAGGGGACGUGGGCAGCCUGGACAGCAACACUGCCUCCAGGGAAUCUCUGAUCCGCUUCCGAAUCAGUGACGGCCCAAUGGACAGCAGCGCAAUGAAUAAUAAAUUACUGUACAAGGCCUCGGUGAUGAAGAAAGCCUCCAUGAAGAAGAAGAGACAUGUGGAUGACACGUUCGAUCAUGAGACUUCUGCUUUCUUCCCCGCGAACCUAGACUUCCUGUGCCUCCAGGAAGUGUUUGACAAGCGAGCGGGAGAGAAGUUGAAAGAGCAGUUGAACCCCUACUUUCAGUACAUCCUGUACGAUGUUGGGACGUACGCCUGGCACAGCUGCUGCAGCUUCAAGUUUUUUAACAGCGGCCUCUUUUUUGCCAGCCGUUACCCGGUUUUAGACGUGGAGUUUCACUGUUAUCCCAACGGGAAGGGAGACGAUUCCCUGGCUGCCAAGGGUGCCCUAUUUGUGAAGGUGCACGUUGGAACCACACCUCAGGACCAAAGAAUUGUGGGAUAUGUCUCCUGUACUCACCUUCAAGCGUUGGCUGGAGACGCUGCCAUCCGCUGUGAACAGAUGGACAACCUGCUGGAGUGGCUGGAUGCGUUCCACAAAUCUACCUCUUCAUCAAACGCUGCUGAGCCCGAGGAGCUGGUGGCGUUCGAUGUACUGUGUGGGGACCUGAACUUCGACAACUGCUCCUCAGAGGACAAGUUGGAGCAGCAACAUUCCCUCUUUACUCAUUAUAAAGAUCCCUGCCGCCUGGGACCAGGAGAGGAAAAACCCUGGGUCAUGGGCACCUUGUUGGAUCCAGAGGGACUGUAUGAUGAAGACUCUGUGUCCCCUGAUAACCUGCAGAAGGUACUGGAGAGUGAAGAUGGACGCAAAGAGUACUUGGCGAUCCCUGGCAGGAAGAAGCCUGGGCAGAUGGGGAGCAAGGUGCCUCUAAAGUCCUGUGGGCGACGAAUCGAUUACGUGCUGUACUCGGAGGAAGGACUCCACCCUGACUGGAAAAUGGAGGUGGAGGAGUGUAGCCUGGUGACCCAACUGGCAGGAUUGACUGACCACCUGGCUGUAGCCAUGCGACUCUUGGUCUCGACAGGGGAGGAGGAGCCUUAACAGCCACCGCCAGCCGAGGAGAGAGGAGAUCCCUCUGGAGCCGUUGUGGACACGUUACCCGAGUCGGGGAGGAAAGCAUUUUCGGGUGUUCCACCUGUCCUGCGCUGGGCCGCUCUCCCCACUCUACUCCGCUGUAGGAAUGGUUUGGGAGGUGGCACUAAGAGUCCAACAGCACUGGUGAAUAUUCCCGUGCUCAACCUGAAGGUCCCGGUGUAAGUGUGAGCUCCCAGGAUGGUGGAGAGACCGACCCCGAUGACACUCACUGCCUUGGAUCAGUGCCAUUCCUGGAAUUUUUUUUAAUGCCUAGCAACCUUAGUGUGUGACCAGUCUGUGAGUGUUUGAAUUUCAUUUUAGGGGAGAGAGAAAAAAAAAUCUUUGUGUAACUUUGAGAGGAGUUUUACCUUUCAACGAGCAUGACCGUACAGCAUGAAAUCAUAGUGCAUGUCCCAUUUCUGAAAGUGUUCCCGGAGCUGAGAGAACUGAAGUUAAACCCAAAGUAUAAGUGAGGAGCUGGUGUUGGCAGAGAGGUAGUGCUGGUGAGUGUCACGCUGACCUGACCCACCUACUGAUCGAGAUAUAGCUAANGGGGGGGCAGAUGGUGUCAUCACCAGUUUCUCUGACCAUUGGCCUCAGUGGUCACACAGAGUGGCUGCCGCAGGUGAAGUGAGUCUCUCACCAAAAACUUUGCAAACAUUACGUAUACUUCAGGGAAGGCCCGGGACUGAGGGUGGCUGGGCAGUCAGUCUCUGAGGGCCAUCUCUGCCCCAGACACUGUCUGGCAGUAACCCGAGGCACCAGCAAGAAAGAACACCUCUUGCCACUGUCUUGCCCAGCUCCACUGGCCCAGCCUGGCUCAGUUGUGGACCUCUUACCUCUGAUGGUCCUAUCCCUGACCUCUAGCUGUGAGAUAAAACUUUUGAGCUUUUUCUCAUCUGAGCAAGGAUACAAACAUACACGUUCAGUAACCAUAAAAUGUAGGAUAACAGAAAGGAUUGAAGCUAAAGUGAUGUUCAGAGACUCAGCUCACCCUUGUGGCGGCUCCAUGGUCACACCGACAGAUUGAGCUCCCAUUAGCAACCCCUUCCCUCUCCACACGAGGGCAGGAGUGAGCCAUUCGAAGAAGAAGAAAUGUUGCUGCCCUGACAUAGCACUUCACUGCCCCGGAGGGUGGUGUGGGUCCACCUGCGCCUCCUCACAGGGCUGUCUGUCCAUGUGUCUGUAAUCAGAACGUCCCAUCCCAACCCACAACUGCAUCUCACCAACUGCUCACACAGCCCACGAUUAACCAGCCGCUCGACUUACUCUUAAACAUUCCAAUUUUAUAAAAAUUGUAAAUGCAAAAGCCUUUUUGAUCUUUUUUCUGUGCUGCAAUAUCUGUAACCCCCCACCGUCCCGGAGGGCGUGGGCUCAGUCUGCAGAUUCACGGUGACGCCGCAACCGUUCAGAACACAGUAAAAUCUGGAUUCCGAAGCCCUGAAAUUCAACCGCGUCUGUAAAACCAGUCUUAACAUUUAAGAAUUGCAGAAAAGUCAGUCUUA